AGUGGCGGCAACGGCAGUUCAGGGGGAGAACCAUCAGCUGACGAAUCCUACGCAAUCGCCUGUAAUUCCUUCAGUUCCAUUGUCCGCAGAAACAGCAGCAACGAUGGAGAAUCCGAUGGGCCAAAUGACGCCGAUAGCUCCGCUGGCUCUGUCCCAGAGCAUGGACUCCGUCAAUACGGCUACUAAUGAGGAAGAGGUCCGAACUCUAUUUGUCAGUGGAUUACCGAUGGAUGCAAAGCCAAGAGAAUUAUACUUGUUAUUUAGAGCUUAUGAGGGUUACGAGGGGUCUUUACUGAAAGUAACCAGUAAGAAUGGGAAGACAGCUUCGCCGGUUGGUUUCGUCACAUUCCACACGAGAGCCGGAGCAGAGGCAGCUAAGCAGGACUUGCAGCAAGGUGUUCGCUUUGAUCCCGACAUGCCCCAAACCAUUCGCUUGGAAUUCGCCAAGAGUAAUACGAAAGUGAGCAAACCAAAACCACAGCCUAAUACAGCGACAACAGCCGCACAUCCUGCAUUGAUGCACCCACUUACUGGACAUUUGGGAACACCGUUCUUUCCGGGGGGACCCGAGCUUUGGCACCAUCCGCUAGCUUACUCAGCCGCCGCCGCAGCAGCUGAACUACCCGGCGCCGCGGCCCUGCAGCAUGCCACGUUGGUUCAUCCGGCUCUGCAUCCUCAAGUGCCGCCUCAAAUGCCUAUGCCUCAUCCAGCAGCUCUUCAUCCAGCCUCAAUCCAUGUCUCAGCUGGUCUCCCGGCCGGCCAUUUCUUACCCAGCCCAGCUCUCGCUAGUCCCGUGGGCUCCAGCGGUGGCUCACAGCCACCUAAUCCACCCCUCGCCGCUAAUGCACCCUGCUCCACGCUGUUCGUCGCGAAUCUUGGACAAUUUGUCUCCGAGCACGAACUCAAAGAACUCUUCGCUAGUUUGCCUGGCUUUUGUCGCCUCCGAAUGCACUCAAAAGGUUCACAACCGGGUAGCAUUCCCGUAGCAUUUGUUGAAUUCAAAGAUUCCGGCUGCGCAGCCGGCGCUAUGGCCGCACUCCAAGGCACCUUCCUUCUGUCAUCAGACCGUGGGGCCAUUCGUAUUGAGUAUGCCAAGUCGAAAAUGGCCAUCACGGACCCGACGGCACCGCAGUUUUAUGCAUUCAGAGAAGGGAGCGGGACUGGAAGCAAGAAUGGAUCAUGUAAUAGGGAAGAAAAAUGAGCGAGACAUGAACACGUACUUGAUGGCCUCCACCUGACCACCUUCAUCGAAUGUCUAUGCAGUUCCCGUUGCGGCGAGACAAAGACCACCACAGCAUCCUCCCCAUAUACGGGUAUGAGGAACAAAAGCACCCCCAAUCAGACUCCAAUGGGGCCCGCUGGGGCGCUAUUGAACUUCGACUGGGGCUUUCCGGAAACGAGUGUACCGUGGGACUAUUCCUCAAGCAAAAUAUCUACAGCAACACCAAAAACAACCCAAAUUAAUCUAAAGAGACACUCUGUUGUUUACUAACACUCUGUGUUAUAAAUCUCUUUAACUUAUAUAUCUGAAUCCUUCUUUUGUAUAAUGUUAUUUUGCUUAUAUUAUAUGAAGAAGGGACAACAUGUUAAUGGUGUGAUCAUACCGAAGAGAUACAAAUAAUUGUAAUUUUUAUGCAAUAACAUCUUAGCUAAUAUGAUUCAAGAUUUUUUUUUUUAAGUAUUUAAGUAAUAUUUUAUGAGAAAUUUAAUAUAUUUUUUAAUUUAUUGACAAAUACCAGUAAAGAUGGGCAGGAAAACCAUAAAAAAUGCAUGUAUGAAGCUCUUUAGGCAAGAUGAAGCAAAGUCUGAGGGUCAACGUUGCCAGGAAAUCGCAAAAUUUCUUGAAGGGCUUCGUCUUACACUUGACAUUGCGAUCAAGUGGAUGGACACACUGCUAAGGAUGGCAAGGAAGAAACUAUCAAUCAGCCUCUGAAGGUUGUCAUAUGAUUUGUAGAGGCAAAAUUCUUAUGAAAAAUUAACCUUUUUGUGCUAUAUGGAAAAUGAAAAAAAAAAUCCCAUGAUUUCUACUAAAAAAAAAAACGAAGAUAUUUAUUGAAUAUGAACGCAUCCUGGCAAUUUUUAUACCAUUGACAGUGAUGUGUGAGCAGAAAAGACAUUAUGAAUGUAGGUGAGAAGGUCAGAGAGGUUAUGAGAGAAGAUAAACUUAUACAUUACCUUAAAUUGUCUAUUGUAUAGCUUAACCAAAUGUGCCCUAUAAUGAAGAACUAAGAAAUGAGAGAAAAAGUGUUAAUUAAGCAGUCUUUAAUGUGUACAUUUUUAGUAUAGAAGAAAAAAAAACUUUAUGAUGGGGAAACAGUGAAAAACACCACGAAAGUGGCUCAUUUCAUAAUUUAUUUAGAGAAAAAAAAAGUUGCGAUUGUAGCAUGGCAAGAUCCCUAAAAAUAUAUGGUUUCAGAGCUAUUGGGAAUGUUCAUUUUCUUCAAAAAAUAUUACACCUAUUUCUCAAGCACUCCCUCCAAUAUGACAAAAUAUAUACAACAUAAAAACAAAUUGACGGAUAAAGAGUUUUUAACAAUUAAUAAAGAAAAAAUUAGUGGGGAAAAUACAGUGAAUGCAAAUGAAUGGUCAAUUCUGUCAAUAAAUAAUAUGAAAUUUCUGAGCAAUAAAUUUUAAUAAAAAAAAUUGUCAUAUCACUACCACUAUUGAGCUCUAAAGAGAGUAAUUAUUAAGUGUUGUAAGAUCUUAUCUGAAGAAAUUACCUCUAAACCUAUCUUCAAAUGAUUGUAUUUUCAUUUAUUUAUUUCACUGUGAGGAAAAAGGAAAGUCUUAGUUCGCUACCAAGAGAAUCUCUUAACAUAAGAGACAUUAGAGCAGUCUAGGAAAAAAUAAGCGGGCGGUUAAGGAACAAUGUAGAGGUGAAGAAUAUAAAUUCAUAUUGCAUGUUCUUGUUUAAACUCUUUUUUUUUAAGAAAAUAUUGAGAAAAGCGUUAAAUGUAAAUAAGUAUGAAAUUAGUAAGGAAAAAGUGCACCCAGUUGAACUACAGCAUUUUAUAUUAAUAUUGAAAGAUAAACCAAUAGAGACGAAAUGCUCACUGGAUUUCAACACUUUUCUACCCUGAAGAACAUCUCAAUGGGAAGGAAUGAAAAUUCCGAGAGCAUUUCAGAUAUUAGAAAUGUUUAUUAUUUAACAUUUAUAGUACCAUGUGCAUAGAGAAAUGCUUCAACCAAACAAAAUAGGGAAGAAAUACAAGGAAGAGAAUCAUGAGAUGGAAGUUCCUGAAAGAUGAUAUAAGAGGUAUCAACAGGAAAGAAAGAGAUGAUUUUGUCAUGAAGAGUAAAACGAAAUAACCAGAUUUUAACUCUAGAUUGUAAGAAAUUAUUAGGAAAAUUUACUUUUAGAAUUGAUAAAUGUAUAUCUAGAGCUUAUUAUCUUCAAAAAAAGAAUUUUCUCUAUACCUAAAAUAAAAGGAAUACCUCUUCUUGCGUCUUUCAUGCAGAAACCCAAGCAGUUGUGUGUGAGUCCAAUUUAUUGUUUGGACGCGAUAAGACGAUUAGGAUGAUGACUUUUUCAAAAAGCUUACCCGAAACAAUAUUUAAUGUAUAUUGUAUUUAACCAAAGUCUCUUUAGCUUUUAAGUGCUUUUAAAACAGAACAUCCCAAAAGUAGUUACUUUUUUACAAACUUUUGGGUGGCAACAAUUUUCAGUGGCAGUAAGAAAAUGUUUUAUUUUUUUUCCUUUUAUGACUCUGAGAAUAGUUUAUUUUUAGUGUCUUAAUUUCUUGACAUAAGAACAUAAUCAAUGUGAAUAGUAAUAGACGAUAUUUAGCAAUUUUUCUAUUAAGGGCGUUAAGAUAUAUUGGAGUGCAGAAAAAUACGUGAUGUGAUAUUUUCAUUGAGAGGAGAAGUUAAUUGUAUAACAUAACAACUCAAAUCCAAAGACAAACAAUUUUCAUAAAUACACAGUACACGUACAUUUUAAUGAAAAUAUUCCAUCACACUUUUUAGCAAUUAUUCGUAGACAGGAAAGUGUAUGGUUUAAUGGGCAGACGUAAGAUAACAAUUAAGGAGAAGAGACAUAUUAAUAACAAGAUCUUGUAAUGGCAUAAUACAUCUAUAAUAAUCCCACUAUCCUUAACUUGAUGUACUGAAAACAGGAGGGAAAAGUUAGUGUAAUGAAGGAUGCAGGUGAAUAUUUUGGGGAAAAAUCGCGUGAUUAAGAGGAUGAAGGAAUAAAAAUUGGCAUCAAAUUGCAACAGUUUCACGCUAUAAAACACCUUCUCAUCUUCAGUUUUAUGGGAGGAAACAUAAAAUUCCUUUCAAGAAAAAUUAGAUGACGGCAAUUAAGUUCGUAAAUCCAUUUAGAGAGGUGAAAAAUAUUCUCUACAAACAUUUGAAAAAUCUACCGGCUGUGUUGGGUCAAGGUUUUCGAGCAUACAUAAUAAUGCAUCGUUUCUUUAUUUCUUACAAAAAAAAUUUGUACAUUUGCUUCUCGCGUCAAAUUUUAAUUUUUUCAUACAAAAAGCAAGACUGAAUAGUAAUGCGAAAUAAUUCAGUUCGUGAUAAUGAUUUGUUUUAAUUGAUAUGUUUUAUAUGCUGUCAUAAUUUGAUUUUCGAGAAAGUUCAAAUUGAUUUCUUUUCAACCUUGUCCCAACGUGAAAAUAUGAACAAUAUUGUGAAGAAGCGCUUGAAGAGAUGACAAAUGAUUUCCCCUGAAGUAAAUAAAUAAAUAAAUGUAUCUGACACUAAGAAGAAGAAGAAGAAAGAAGGAAAAUGGGAGAAAUAUAAUGUGUAAUUAAAGUUUAAUCAUUCCGUCCAAUUCAGUGUGUAGUCGCCGGGUUUUUACACCGGCCAAUGAUGAAUUAAUCAAUUCAAAUUAAUUAUUAUAAUAGUCGUAAAAGAUGUGAAAGAGAUGGAAACCGCUGCAUACGUGUGUGUGUAUGUUAAAUGUAAGGCGUAGAAUGGAGGAAAGGUAGUGAAGAUGAGAUAAUGAUAAAAUAUUGUAUAAUUUAAGAAAUAUUUAAUAACAAGAUCAAGGAACUUGUGAAAGAAACACACAUGAAAUAUUAAAUAAUGGGAACUUCAAAGAUACAUAUCAACUUUUUUGGUUUUAAAAGUUUUUUAAAGAGGAAAAUUUGUAAGACAAAAGAUGGUGAAAUGAAUAUUUAUACACAUUAUACGAUAUCUUAUAUUCUACUUUAUGUAUUACUGUAACACAAAAGAAAAGAAGAGAAGAAAGAAUGAGAAGGAUAAAAGAACGAUGACAGUAAUUUGAAAAAAAAAUGAGGGAAAAGAAAAAAUUCCAGUGAAUUGAGAUGGAUUUAGCAUUAUUCUAAAAUGAAAAAAAAAAUUAUAGUGAAAAGUUCCAAUAUGAUAGCGGCAAUGUGGAUGAGCAAAAUUAUAUGAAAUUGUAAUGGCAAAAGCGAAAAACAGCGAAGAAAUUUCUGAGAAACUAUUGCGUGUCAUUUUAAACCUAUUGUGAUACAAUCAAGGAAAAAGUAAUACACGAAGGAAUGCAAAAUCUACACCAUCAUAAGACAGCAACAGUCGAGAAAAAAAAUACAAGAAAGGCGAGUAAAAAACACUUGGAAAUCACACAUAGUUAAUAUGAUAUUACCUAACUAAAAUGAUAGAAUAGCGUCUCUGUCAAAGAAGGAGCAUUAUAUAGUGAAUAAUAAUGAAUCAUUAUGGUGAGAAACAUUUUUGAUGAACAAUUGAAACAUAUCAAUUCGUGCCCGAUCAUAUUAUGAAAUUAUUACAACUAAUUAUACUAAAAGGAAGCCGAGAUAGUGAGAGAAAAACAGGAUGUGUAAGAGAUGGAAUAAUGAAAAUAAAUAGAUGGAAUAGUGAAAAAGCUAUUAUACAACAUAUUUAUUAUUGAUAAAAAGAAAUCUGUAUCUUUUGAACGGCUAAAAAUAUAUAUUAUUAUAUAGAAUUUAAGCAUUGAUGUAAUUUUGAUGAGAAAGAGAAGGAAUAAAUUAAUUAUCAGCAGCAACAAAAAAAGAAAAGUAAAAAAUGAUUAAAGAAUCUAGAGAAAACACAACAAAAUUAUUAAAAAAUAUAUUAUAUACGAGAGAGACAGCAGUAAAACAAUUCAUCCAAUUCAUAUACUAAAUAUUAAAUUAUGUAAUUGACAAGAUGGUGAAACAUAUUUCUUAUGAAUGAUGAAAAUAUGCUAAAUUUUGUUCAAAGAUGCAUAAAUAAUGAACAAGAAAUCUCAUUUAGAAAAAGGCAGACAAUUACCAAAUGAUAAAAAUAAAGAAGAAAAUGUCAAGUA